UUGAUUCAUCGUUGUGCUUUUUCCAAUGACAGUUGUAGCGGUAAUCGCGUCGCGUGGUGUUUAUUCGUCGUUAAAAUACGUUUAUGAAAACGUAAUAAAUCAAAUUCCAUGGCCGCGAUACAAUGGAUUCAUUGCAAUCUGUGCUAUUAUAUGUUGUCCCAGAAGGGGCGAAAAUUCUACACUACGAGUUGCUUACAUGUGAUAUGCAAAAAUUGUACAAUCCACAGUAAUCGUGGAACCCUUUGUCCAGUUUGCAAACGGCAAGGAAUUCGUUUGGCUGAAAUAUGUAACUCGAUGGAUAGUAAGAUAAAAAAAUUGUUCAGUCCCACUGUAGCUUCAGAGAUAGAAUCCUUAUUACAUGCACUAAACUUCCAAUAUAAACAAAAACAGCAUCUGAUUACCAAAAUCAUUGCAACCGAAGAUAAAAUGGACCAACUAGAGCAAGCGGAGCAGGAUCUCAAACAAAAGAUAGCAAAUUGUCUGCAAAACUACAAAAAGCUUCGUAGCCAUCGUAAGAGUUUAGAAGAACAACUAUCGUCGCCGGAGUUCGCCUUUAGGAACUCCAAAACUUCACCGCAAUUUUUCGACAGCCCUUCCAGUGAUGGUCUAAGAACUAGCAGCAGUUCGUUUUUGAAGGGUGCUUCUUCAUCAUCGAGUUCGAACAAAUCGGAGGGAUUUGGAAGCUCUAGUAGUGGUAGUGAUCAACCGGGGCGUAGACACGGUCGGUUGGCUAGUAACUCGAAGCCCGAACGUCACUCCAAACGUUCAGCGAACCUCCCUGGCAGCGGAUCUCAGGAUAGCAGUCGGGAUUCAUUUUUGGAUAUGAAGCGGUUUUCCACACCACACUCUUCCGACAGGUCAGUAAACUUUGGAACCACACCCUCCAGUGGCGCUAAUUCAACAUCUAACAUUAGCAAAAUGCUUCAUGGGAUGGCAAUUUCCCGAGAUGAUGAUUUUUGAUUGUAUAAAGAUUGAAUCUUUCCAUUGUUACUAUAAUUGUUAUUUUUUUUUGUCGGUGUAUUGAAUUGGCUAAGUCAAGUUGUUCUAUUUAAUUCUGAAGUUAUAUCCAAUACAUAUUAGAACAAACUUCAGUAAAAGACAAUAGGAAAUAUUAGUAAAAAAUCAAUCGGAAGAACGCUUUUCAAACUAGGAAAGAUCCUGUUUUGAUGAUUCAGUGCACUUUUUUGAUUACAUGUCUAGGGACAUAACCUCAAUUAUGAGUGAAACAAUCACAUAGCCAACGAAUUCUACUGAAAUAUACAUUAUCUACCUCUGCUUAA